AUCAGUGUCGAGGCAAGGAGCUCUGAUUUCCAGUGCGGCUGAUCCGGGGAAGCACUUGGGUUUUAAUUUCUUGUGGCAGUGCAAGGUCUCUUGGACAGCAGUAAAGUAAGUGGAUGUGAGAGGCUGCAUUGAGAUUGCAGUGGAGGAGGUAGAUAAGCUGAAAACUCCUUGAUUUCUGUACAAGUGAUAAAUCCUUUCUGGAGCAUGUCUACCGGACUCAAGAGAUCUGACAGUGAAGAUAAAGGUGUGCAAGGAGAACACAGAACCAGUCCUCCACGCACUUCCUAUGGCAAAAAACAACUUCCUUCCAUACCCAAAAAUGCAGUUCCGAUAACUAAGCCAAUAUCCCUGGCUGCUUCAGCACAAUCUACCAAUGGGACACAUGCCUCGUACGGGCCCUUUUAUUUGGAGUACUCUCUGCUUGCAGAGUUCACCUUGAUGAUAAAGCAGAAACUGCCUGGAAUCUACGUGCAGCCAUCCUACAGAUCAGCUUUAAUGUGGUUUGGGGUUAUUUUUAUCCGGCACGGACUGUACCAGGAUGGCGUUUUCAAGUUCUCGGUUUACAUCCCUGAUAACUACCCAGAUGGCAAUUGUCCUCGAGUGGUAUUCGAUAUCCCAGUCUUCCACCCUUUAGUGGAUCCGGUAUCGGGGGAGCUGGAUGUGAAGAGAGCUUUUGCAAAGUGGAGGCGGAAUCACAAUCACAUUUGGCAGGUUCUGAUGUACGCACGCACGGUGUUCUAUAAGAUACAGACGGUGGAUCCCCUAAACCCAGAAGCUGCAGUGCUGUAUGAAAAUGAUGUUCAGCUCUUUAAGAGCAAGGUAGUGGAUAGUGUGAAACUGUGCAACAGCCAUCUUUUUGACCAGCCUAAAAUGGAUGACCCCUAUGCAAUAAGCUUUUCUCCAUGGAAUCCUGCUGUACAUGAAGAGGCAAGAGAAAGGAUGUUUACGCAUAAAAGAAGGCCUGAUGAGCUCCCCAAAGGCGUGCAGGUGUCGGGAUUGUCGUGGGUCAAGCCUGGAUCAACUCAGCCCUUCAGUAAGGAUGACCACAUUCUGCAGGCUUGAGCUCUUCCAAAUGGCUUGCUGUCCACCACUUUCUCCCAUUGGGGAGGAGGAGCAGGUGUGACCAGGAAACCUGUGAACUCUAAUCAAGCAGCACCAUUUCUUUUAGAAUAAUGAACAUGUAUAUAUUGUCAGAUUCUUUCUUUUAAUUGAGUUAUGCAUACUUUAACUGCAUGGAACCUCCUAAUAUUUUGUUUCCAACUGAACUAGCAUUAAAUGGUUUGGAAUGAUCUGGAUCCAAGUAGUAGAUAUGAUAUGGACUUCAGCCAGGUGAAUGAGUUUCAGACUGCACAAGUUCAAGUAGAAGCAAGGCAUAAGGGGGUUGGUGUUACAAUACAGUUAUUACAGAUAACACUAAUGGUGACUAUUUAAUUUUUAAUUUUCAGAAAAUCAGUUUUGUUAAAUCCUGCCUUAAAGUAAAUGGUGUUUAAAUAUGAAGUUUGAUGUUUAAUUGUUGUAAUUUAAACAUCUUCACGUAGAGAUUUUCUUGAAUGUGGUUGUUUUGGGUUUCUUGUGUGUAAAUAUGUUAGCUGGCUUAUUGUAAAUAACUUGUUUAAUAAUUCUGUAUUUAGCACUUUGGGGUGAUUUUAUUGUGUUGGGAACUAUGUUCUUGACACAGUGGUGGUAUGUAAUUUAUAUGAAGUUGGAUAUUAUUGCGCACAAGGAAAGCAAGGAAACUCUCUGGGCUGCCUGUUAUUUUUAUUUAACCCUAUUUAAUUCUGAAGGGUGCAUUGUAAACACAUUUGUAAUCAACAUUGAUGCUUUCAUCAACUGACCACAUAAAGAUAUUGAUUGCUUUUGGUGACAUCGACUGUCAAUGUGACCAUGUGUGUUUUGUAAGUGACCUAUCUUUAAUAAAAACAAUAGGGGAAAUAAAAAAUUCUGCAUAUUUUUUAUCUAUCUGAAUGAAUGAAAAAAAAAAACGUGGUCAGUAAGAUGAACUAGAAAAGAUGAAGACUGAGAUCCAGUUACGAUCCAGAGUACAACAGAUUCAGGAAGGGACUCUGACCAAUACCACGUUGUUAGGAAUACAUGUUUAUCCAGUAAUUUGUAAUGGAAGGGUAAGCAACUCUGACGCUUCCAGUUCAAGCCAGUGCAGGACUUUGUUCUAACCAGUUUCUUAACUAGUUAACUGACCCUGCUGGAAGUCAAUUAAAAUAAUUAUGCACCUGGUUUCAUGUAAUGCCCUGCAAUGGGACUCGUUGUUCUGCAGAAGUGCUCCUCACACAGCAGUACAUUUUCAUUACUGCACUGUUGCUGUGAGUGAGUGAGCUGUGUGGCUAUAUGAAGGGUGGUUAUAUUUUGGUGUCUCAAUUUGAUGGAGUAAGUAAAAGCCGAGACUCUGCUGAACUAGACAACUUAAAGGCAGUGGAACAAAAAGGCAAUGUAGAAAGAUCAGAAUAAAAGUUCCCCCGUAUUUAUUUUUAUUGUGAAAAGGUCCUGUUUCACACGUACAUACAAUAAGUGUAAUUGACAAAGGCAUUUUACAGAAUAUUAAUUGUACAGCAAUUACUAUAA